UUCAUUUUGGCUAUGUUAUGUUCAUACCGUCGCGUCUUCAGUACUACGUAUAUUGCCUGUAAAUAAGCAAAGAUUUAUUUCAGAUGCAAUUAAAAUAAAUAUUUCAAUUGUUUCUAACGUUUGAAAAUGGACUGUCAGUGUAAAAAAUGGUUUAUUCGGAUAUGUAUUGUGUGUGUAAUAUCAUGUCUAUUUAUGGUAAUUUGCUGCAUAUACUGCACAAUUAUAAUACACAGUUACUAUCAAGACGUUAAUCGGAAGUUGCAUACUUCCAUCGAAGUGAAUGAAAUGAACAUUGAAUCUACAAAUGUUUUAAAUCAUGGAAAAGACAUUUCAUCUUUAAAGAUCCACAAAUAUGGGGAAUCACUACACACAGAUUUGCAGUUGAAGGAAAGCAGAGAAUUUCAACCCUUAUCAAGACGAAAACGGGCAAAGGGCGGCAAGAAAAAGGGCGGCAAAAAAACGCGCAAACAAAAAACAAAAUCAGCUCACUUCAGUCAACUAUCUGAACCGGACUAUCAACAAUACAUGUACGGCAACCCGAACAUAAAACGAGAUGAUACUCCUUCAAUGCAUAUGUUCGAAUUGUCAAGGUCGUGGGAUAAGAAAAUGAAUCCGUUUGACGUGAAAGAGAAUGGUGUCUUCGUAGCAAAGAAAGAUGGUGUUUACUUCGCGUAUGCACAGAUAGAGUUUUUAUACAAACCUAGCUGUGAUCCAGCAAUGGGAAUCAAACAAAGACGACCGAAUGGACCAAACCCUGAUCUACGAACGGAUGAAACACAGCAAGAAAUAUACUGCGCGCCACCAUGUAUUGUGACCAACCAAGCGGCCAUUAGAAGCAGUUGUUUAAUUACAUCACUCUUUAACAUGAAGAAAAAUGAUUACCUUACUGUUGAAAAUGUUAUGAUGAACAAUGUAACAUUUGUAAAAGCGAAAAACUUUUUUGGUGCGAUUUUGUUAUCGUAAAAACAUUUACAACGACUGAAAGGUGUUGCAUCUUUUCCAGGUGUCGUCGGUGUUGUUAUUGUCUUUCUUUAUUGAAAACAAUGGUGUGUUGGUUUAAUCACUAUUUAUUUUGAUAAUAUAAUACAUUCUCAAAACACAUACACUAGCACGUAGACACAUAAUCAUAAACGUAUCAUGAUACUCGAUAUAAAUAGGUAUAUAGUAACAAGAAAAAGGGCUACUAGCAAUUAAAAACACAUCAACAGAAUUGAAAAGAAUUCAAACAUUCUCGCAUCUGGUAUGUUGUAAACAGAUAGAAACUUUACGACGGUUCAAACAUGUUACAUUUUGUAUACUGAUUCAAAUUUUACCCGUGUUGGAAUUUCUUUCUUUAAUAAGAGGAAUGGAUUGCUAUUAUAGCUGGUAAUGUUGUUUGACAUUUAUAUAGUUCAAUAUGUUGUUUGUACGCCCUCCUCUUUGCGUUGACGUUAGAUGCUUAUCAUUAUUAUGUACAUAUCAAUAAAUCAACAAUUAAUCAUAAUAAAUAUAACAAU